AUUAACUGUAGACACAACCUAUUUGGUGCAUUUAUCGAGAACGAGUACAAGAAUAUAAAGCGAGAUCCAGAAUGGCUACAUCCCUUGCGGAACAAUUGAAGAAACUCAGAACACCGCAGACUAGUAUCUUGCUACAGGACACAAGACGUGCUAGCUUGUUAUUCGAUCCAAAAGAAGCUGCUAAUUUAGAUAGGGAAACAGUUUUGAAUAUUGGUCAAAAUGGGUUACAAGAAUUGGGUAAGUUAUCGGACCUGUUUUUAGAAUUCGAGAGAACACUCUUUGCGCAAAGUUCGCUCAGUCUUGAACGUGCCGUGCAGGAUGUUAAAGUGAACAAAAAGUUGGACGGGGAAAUUGAAAAGUUUCUGAUUCUUUUAUCGCCAUACUUUUUGCUCAACAAUGCUCACAAAGCGCUCGAAUGGUUAAUACAUAGAUUUCGUAUUCACGAAUUUAACAGGGAUCAAUUUCUACUAUUAAUUUUACCUUAUCACGAGACUCGAAUGUUUGUAAGAGCAUUGCAGUUAUUAAAUCUGACGGAUGCAGCCGAUAAAUGGCACUGGUUGAAGCCUCUUCAAAAGCCGGGUGUUCCGCUAGCUACGAUAUCAUUGAUCAAUCGUCUCAGUUCCGAUAACGGUCUUCUAAAACUUAUUUGCAAUCAUGUUAUCGUUGCUACAAGAGUGUACUCGAACAGAGCGACUUGUUUAAGUACACUGUACGCAUUCUACACCACUUCCAUAUUAGGGAUUAUCGAUCAGUCACCUACCAUGUCGGAAGUUCAAAUAAAUCACAUGUUACCAACAAUUUUGAGAGGCCUGGAAAGCCCUAUACCUGAUUUCACAGCCGGCACUUACAUGAUUCUGGCGAUGCUAAUGACCAAAGUGAAAUUGAAUAACGAAACUACAGAAAAGUUGCUUCCAAAAAUGUUUAAGAAAACACAUCUGAAGGAGGAGUUAAUGGUUUUAAUAUUUUUCUUGUACAAUUCACCGACCUAUCGACUGACCACGGUUUCCGAUUCUCUCGCAAAUCGAUUAUCGGAGCUGUUUUGGUUCGUCGAGCUUGCGAUAAAGCUCCAAUCGUCCAACACCAACGUAUUAAAAUUCAUCGUGCCCCUGCUGCAAACCAGCUGCCGUGUGAUUUUAAACAACCCGUCAGAAACGACGCGCAUUCAGAACAUGGUCAGCGAGAUAUUGACGCGGAUAAAACUAGACAACAACGGGGUGGACACCAUUUUGUGGAACGUGCUGGAAAAGGAAUUCCUCGCGAACAAUAUAUCGAACGAAGCUAGAGAUUUUCUGAUGCGUUUGUAUCAAUGCUUCGAGAAAACCUACCCGGAAAGAUUCGACGACUAUCUGAAAAAUCUCAUGAAACGCAGCGACACCGACAAAGAUUCGAAACUGGCGUUGCAGUUCCUCACAUCCUGGCAUUUUGGUGCCAAAGAUACCCAAGACUCCGUGGGUAUACUCGACAGAUUGAUUCAUAUUAGCCCGGAGCAAAGAAUCAUGGCGUUGGAGACCCUAGCAAGAAACAACGUGAAAAUCCCGGAUAGUUUCAAGGAUAUGAUGACAAGCACGUUGCAAGCUAGAUUCAACGACAGUGAAAUAAACGUGAUCAAAGCGUUGCUGUCCCUUCCCACGAACCGUCUGACAGCUUUGCUUCCUGUGGACAUGUUGAUCGACGAGUUGAAAGUGCUGCUAUCGAGCUGCCAUAGUAGCAGUCGGAAAGUGUUAGCGAAACCAGCUCUGAAGAUACUGUUGGAACUCUGCGAGGUGGGUGACGACACCAGCGUCUUCAUCGCGUCCCUCUCGUACUUGUUCCCAAACGACGACGCAGACGUGAGUAUCGCGAUGGAGGUUCUGCAGUCGAACUUUGCCAAAAAGAACGCUUACAUGCAACACGUGCGAAAGGACUUGGGCAAAUCGCCUAACGCGGAGGCAGUCUCGUCAGCAGCUUUUCAUAACAUACUGAACUGGGAACUGUUACCUCCUACCGAAAGUAUAUUAAGCGCCAUGAAACAACAGAUUGCUCACGGCGACGCAGCCACCAUGUUCUUCAAUCUGAUCCUAUUGGGAUCCGUGUGCAGAGUCCCCGUUGGAUUCUUGCAACCUGAAAUCGCCAGAGAGGUUAUCGAAAUGGCUACAGAAAUCAUCAAGAAGUAUCCGCAGGUAAAGAUGCUGCAAAAUUGUAACAAUAUAACAGGGAACAAUAUACAGACUGCUAUCGAAUUGACUUCUCAAGGAGUGUUGCCUUUGCAAGUAGGUACAUACGUUCUGGAAAUGGUUCACAGACGUUUGGACUUGAAACUGAACUCGAAGUUCGACUUUGAGAACAAUCCCCAUCGGAGCAAUUUGAUUCUUAGGCUGCUGGAAAUGUUUUUCGAGGGGAUAGAGAACAAGUACUGGCGCAAGCAUUAUUCUCGUUGCUUGCAGAUAUUUUUCCAACGACACUUUGCCACGGUUAAAGAUCUGAUCCAAUUUCUGUCUCAACUCUACAUAAAACCGGUACAAGUACAAACAUCUUUCUACUGUUUGAAGAUAACUUUGGUACUUCUUGAUCAGUGCAAGUCCCUGCAAUGGGCGUUCCAGGACAAAGUAUUUGUAACGAACUUGCUAAUUUCGCUGGCCAGGGAAAACAACGAGUGUCGAAUAGCUGCGUUGGAUGUCCUUAAGAAGCUCAUGCACACCUUCAACUUGUCAGCAGAUACGUUCUCAGCCUUGUUGCAAGAAUUGGUGGCUAGGCGAUCGGAGAUAUCGCUGGAUCCUGAUCAGCUGUCGCUGUCCCUUUACGUUCUACUCUCCCCUGACCCGGAUGUAUGCGCUCAAUUGAAGUCUGACCUAAGAAAAAGUCUCCAACAAGCACAGCAAUUUGUGUUCGAGGUUGCCACGGACCCAGAGACUCCGAUACACGUUAAGUCCCAACUGUUGGAUAUUCUGGUUCACGUUAACGGACCAACGAUACUCGAGCGACUAGCUCCCCUAGGCCUAGAGCUAUUAAAGACCCUGCUCACGGAGUCCAAAAGUAAAUCAACCGGUAACGCGUUGAAGAAUAUACUUCAGAGAUUCAACAGCACAACUGUAAAGGUUCUCACUGUUCCUCAAGCAUGGCAGCUGUUCGAGGACAGUAUAGUAGAGCACAAGGCUGAGAUAAUGACGGAAACCGGAGUCCUCUAUCCACCGAGUGUAAUUCUGUUGAAACAGAUAGAAGAGACCUUCUUCGAGAGCGCUGGAAAAGUGUCGCCCGGACUCCAGAAGAAGAUCCUUGCCAAGCUGGUGGACGUGGUGACCGACAGUAACACGAGCAACGUGAUUUCCAUAGCCAAUAGGGCGAUCAGGAGGAUCCGUAUGAACGCGGAGCUGAUAGUGAACGAGUUGCAAACGAUGAGGAAUCUGAAGAAUCUCGAGUUGAACAACGCCAUGGUGAAGAACAAGAAACGAUUGAACGUGCGUUACAUUCCUGAUCCAACGAUAAUCAACAGAAGGGAAUGGAAACGCGGGGUAACGCUUCUAGAGUUUGUUCAACAAGCUAACAAUAUCGAGCAUGAGGAAUUGCUUUAUCCUAUCUUGUUCGAUUUGCUGAAGAUGUGCCUGAGCUUCGAGGAACAGAGCCCCAUAGAGUAUACCAAUCAGUUGUUGCUGUCGACGAUUCAUCGACUAGCGGUGAGCAAGCUGCCCAUACGUGACGCCCAUCUGCAGGUGGAUCUGAUCACUCAGUGCAUCAGGACCUCGAGGAAUCCUCAGACUCACCAUCACGCGUUGCUGGUCUUGGUGGAGCUUUUGAAGAUCGUCGACGUGCGCUGCGCUCUUUACACCAUCAUGCCCAUAUUCACCUUCAUGGGCAGCUCGGUGGUGCGUCAGGAUGACGCCUACUCGAUACAGAUCAUCUCCAAGACCAUCGAGACAGUGGUGCCCAUAAUAAACGCGGCUGAGAACGAGACCCACGCGUGCGAGGUUCUGAGAACCUUCAUCGUUUCUCUGCCAGACAUCCCCGAGCACAGACGGAUGCCUCUGUUCGUGAAGCUGUUGCAGCUGCUGGACAAUCAUUUUCAUCUGUACUAUCUGCUCACUUUCGAGAGCCACGUUGUGUCCAGAACGAUGCGUAUCAUGAAUCAGAAGACGCCUGGCCAGAGACUGGAGUUUGCUCUCCAGGUGUCUCACGAGUUUCCACCUGGCAGACUCGUCCAAGUCUGCGUGAAGCUAGCACAGUUCAUGAGGGAGUUGCCAGUCGACAUAGAAGAGGAUGAAGACCGUAAAGCUGCCAUGUCCUUCAAGUACAAGCACAUCUUCGACGUGGCCAACAACAAUCCCAAACACCUGAGACACUACAAGUACAUCCUGGUGCAGUUCGUCAGCAACCUGUUGUCGUCUCCCGAUUUUAUCAAUCGAGUCGCGGAGCUCAAACCCGUCGAUGUGAACAACGUGAGACCGUACUACGAUCAACUGAUCAUAGAGUUGAUUCUGUUGAUCGAGAGCACCUCGAGAAACGCGGACAAACAUCAAGGGAAACCGAUCGGUAAAUAUUGGAAGGUUCUUCUGCAUCAUCUCUACGACGUGCUCGAUCUCGUCAACAAUUUGUUGCCAAACGGAAUCUUUCUGGUUAGCAUCAAGCGUCUGAUGGAGCACAAGUUGUUGACAGUGAAGAGGAAAGCUCUGGAGCUACUCAACACGCGACUCCAGCAACGGAAGUUCGGCGAGGAGGAUUACACGGAUUUGCUGAACUUGAUCGAGUCCCUGUUGAACGUUAUCGAUGCACGAGUUAAGUCGGAAACGCAGGAACAGGAAAUCGUCCAACAGACUGUUCUGAUUACGUUGAAACUGCUAGCUAAAUUGUUGGCCACGGAGCAUCCUACGGUAUUCAAACCGAUCCUGGAGAUGACUACUAAACUUUUGAGGACAAAGGAAGGGCCGGUGUUGGGCAGCGCUGCGCUAUGCGUUGCAGAAUUAUGCAGCUCCAUGCGCAUCUACGCUAUACCGUCGCUGAAUAAAUUCGUUCCAGCGGUUCUGCAGCUGCUGGAGAACCAUUGCCAUCAAGACGUGCCGGACGUGAUAGUUGUCAGUAUAGUGAGUGCGUUGCAGAAGAUCGUAGACUCUGUAGGAAACUUCUUGUCCCUGUACUUGGACCAAUUGCUGUUCGAGCUGGCGAGAUUGAACUCUUUGUACACCGACACCGAGCAUCCAAAGAUCGGCGUUGUGGUGUCGCGUCUGAAGGCGACGACGCAGAAGCUGUCCAGUUGCAUAUCUCUGCGAGUGUUGUUGCCAGCCGUGAACAGAACUUACGACACGUUGCUCGCGAAAAAGACGUAUCAGUGCAUACCGGCGCUGAUGACUGUCCUGGCAGAGUCCUUCAACAGCGUCCAGCCGGCAGAUUUGAGCGCGGCCAUUCCGGAUCUGGGCAUAUUCUUCUUGAAGGUUUUGCAAUUCCGCGAGGACAUUUCUAACGACGAGAUGGAAAUAGACGACUCGGAGGUGACAUUGAGGAACGUGGUGGUCGUGGAGGAGAGCGCCAGCAAAGCGCUGGUCGCGCUUAUUUUGAAGCUCAGCGAGGCCACGUUCAGGCCAUUUUAUUAUAAAUUGUACGAUUGGGCUGCAAGGAAUCCACAGUACAAGCAACGAAGCAUCACGUUCUAUAGACUGUCGGCUAACAUAGCAGAGUGCCUGAAGUCGUUGUUCGUCCUCUUCGCUGGUCACUUCCUCAAACACGCGGCUGUGCUGUUGAGCAGCAACAAUCCAGCGAUCUCGGACGAGCCCCAAGAAAUGACUCUUCCCGAGGACUCGAGCAAGAUCGAAUUGGUGGAAGCCAUUUUGCUAACCCUCUAUCGGGUGUUCAGUUACGACGCGCGUAACGUAGUGACCCAAGAGAGAUUCGAGAUAUUGUCGCAGCCCAUCGUGGAUCAGCUCGAGAACACUAUGGGGACUAGAGAGGAAUACGAGAAGAGGACGAACGAACUUGUAGUGCCUUGCGUCGCCGCCUUCGCCAGCGCCAUUCCCGACGAUUCUUUGCACAAACAGCUGGUCUACCAAACGUUGCUCAAGACCAGACACGCGAAACCCUACGUCAGAAGCGCAGCACUGAACGCAUUGGUCGAGAUCGUGAGGAAGCUAGGAGAGGAUUUCAUGCCGCUAUUACCAGAGACUAUACCAUUCCUGGCAGAAUUGUUGGAGGACGAGGAUGAAGCAACGGAGAAAUGUGCGCAGAACGCAGUGCGCACCCUGGAGGAGAUUUUAGGGGAACCAUUACAGAAGUACUUUUAA